AUGAGUGGAAGUGCUUCAAGGGAACUUACUUUUGCCAGUAUUGUUCCUUGUCUUGUAUCAGAUAUUUUGCUGACGGUACAGGGAGCAAUGUCUGAGCACUCAGGAUGUCGUAGCGGUAUGAGGUGGUGGGUGUGUUUGGUGGUCGGGUGCCUGGUGGGCGUGGUGCGCGCCUGUCCCUGGGCCUGCGCGUGUAGACCUUCAGCUGCUGACUGCGCGCAUCGUGCGCUCACGCAUGUCCCUAGGCCUUUACCGCCUGAUACCCUGAGAUUGUAA